AUCGGUCCCGAGUCCUUUUCCGCGUGAAAUCUACUGUGACAUCAACAAAACCAUUGUUUUAGGGCCUCACGUCACGGUAGAUUUUGCCGCUGAGCGAUGCAUUUUCCAUAAUUUUGUGAUUGUGGGCACAUGGCACCGAUGCAUUCAACUUUGAACUUCAAAGUUGAAUGCAUUGUUAUUUGAUCACUUGAUAUAACUCGCAAUCAUCGAUCGAAGUCAUGGCUGUCGAGAAUAUCAAACACGAUCUGUGUACUCUGCUUCGAGAAGAGAAGUCAUUUGAUAUUAAUGGAGUGCGUCGAACCUAUGAAACGAGAGCUGCUACUUUUAUUUCAAAAUCCUCUCCUUGGAAUCCCUUUUCAAAGGGUAAAAAUGGGAGAGAUAUGUCAAGUGAAAUGUUAAUACCUAAGCACUUGACAAUUCAUUGGCAAAGUGGAGAACUAAGAGCUUUAAAGAGAAUGGUCGAUGAAUCAUCAAUCUUGCCAGCAUCGGAUACCAGGGAUGAGUUGGCCAAUUCGGCACAAUGAGAAUUGUCCGUGCCUGGGCCAUUCCUACUUUUUGUAAAACAUGUGGUAUAACACUAAAAAGUGGAAAAGCAUAUAGAACCAAUUUACU